AUUCCAGCCGUCCGAUGCUUAUCACAUUCCAACCGACCACGCUUUCACAGCGGCGCCGUCUUCUCCCCCUCCAGCUCUCGCCGCCGGCCACCCCUAGCCGUCCACGACUCAUCGCGUCCGGUCGUCCUCUCUCACCUUCGCCGCUGGGACCGGGUAGGAUUAUGCUCCGCUUCCAUCACUGCCCCCAUCUCCCCCUACCCGCCGUUUGCCGCCAGCCUCUCGCCGCCCCAUCGCCGGCCACCCCUAAGCGCCCCAUUCCGUUCUUGGUCUCUGGGGUUCGCGUUCGAGGUCCUCUGCGGCUGGAUGCGUUUAGCCGCGCAGCGCUUGGAGAACAGCAGCAACGGAGGCACGUGAGUUAUGAUGACGACGAGGAGGACCUGGGCGAGGCGCUCGACCGGACGCGGCAGCUCGUGGAGUGCGCCAUGUUCGCGGCCGUCGCUGGCCUCGCGUACUUCCUCAGCAACUCCCUCGCCAUCGAGAAUUACUUUAGUUGCUUUUUUCCAUUGCCGAUAGUUAUUUCCUCCUUAAGAUGGGGACUAGAAGCCGGCAGGAAAACUGUGGUGGCUACUGUUUUUUUAUUAUUCACAUUGUCUGGCCCUGUAAAAGCAUCAACUUAUCUGCUUAUGCAUGGAGUAGUUGGUCUCGCCAUGGGUACUAUUUGGAGGUUGGAGACCAAUUGGAUUGUUUCCAUCAUACUCUGCUCCAUUAUCCGUGCACUGGGAGCUUGCGGAUAUGUUCUAGUGUCAUCGUUCCUGAUAAGAGAGAAUAUUCUUGCACUGAUAACGGUUAAUAUUCAUGCUUCCUUGACAUAUAUCCUGGCGGCAGCUGGUGUGAACACAAUUCCUUCCAUGGAUGCAAUAUAUGUACUCUUUGGGACACUGCUUCUACUUAACUGUGGAUUCUUUCUCUUCCUGCUGCAUAUAAUGUAUACAAUAUUUCUGACUAAGCUUGGAAUAAAGCCAUCACUAAGACCCCCAAGAUGGCUUGACAAAGCAAUUUGAGCGUAGAGGGCCACCGUAGUGACCGUACUAAUUUGUGGAUGGAAGCUUGCACUCUGCCUGAACCUGUAAAAUGAGCAUUCUUGCUCAACUUUGUGGGUACAUGAUUCUUGUUACCCCUACAUACAUUAGAUCUGUAACCGUAGAAUACAUGUAUGGUAUUUCUUUGUUUUGGAUCA